UAUUACAGCAUUUGCGUUAUACCAUUUUUAGAACAUGUAGAUGGAUGUCAAAAAUAAGUCCUUGUCACGAUCACACAGUUAGCCUAACUUUCAACACCGAAUAGAACAACGUUUGUCAUUUCAUUUGUUAGUUUCACCUCUUUUCAACAAAUCUUAUCUUUUCCGAUGCUGUCAGAAUCCGAAGAUCUAACUUAGCCUUAACGAUAACGUAUCAACUAGACAAUAAUUUCUUCAGUAGAAAAAUACAACAGUUAGAGUUUCCUUUCCCAUGGCUAAUCAGUUUCCCAUUGCUAGAUUCUUCAAAGAAGCUUGAUCUGAGUCCUUUGUCAAGAUGUUGUAGCUGAACCAACCCAACAGGAACGAGAGCUUUUGUUAGUUUAUUUUGCUCUUCUCGUAGUCAUUAACCAAGACACAGUUGUCACAUUCAUCAACACAUACUCAACAUACCAUUUUCCCUUCGUAAAGGGACAAGGGACACGACAGCAAGUCUAAGUUAGCGACUGUCUCUAUCGUUGACAAUUAUAGUAUCGAAGACGCACAGAAUGAAAUGUAGUCGAGGUCGUGGCGUGCACUUUCGCUGCUAGUAUUGCAGCUCGUAAUCGAAGUCGUCCUCGAAGGUUCGUAUGUGGAUAGACGUGAAUUUCACCAGAAGAUUCGCAAGAUCGGUCUCAAGGGUUCGAAUCGAUUCAACUACAGUAGAAGUAGAAAUACAGUAAAGUUCUAGCAGAAGCUACAAGACGAAGACAACGAACAGAAAAACCUUAGUAGAGAAGAAGAUGCUUCUCACUCGUCCUCUCGAUGGAUAGUCUCUGCAGUCUGUGCUACAAGGAAUCGGUUAGGAUCCGUGCAUCACGCACUUCUUCAUCGGUCUUCUCGAGUUUCGAACUUUCCUCGGACAGAGCCUUCGAAAGAGUAUCCACACUGCCUCGUCGCCAUCGAUGAUUUCACCUAGUACUGACGAUAGGUGUACUCUCACUUGUCUAUUUGAAACCAAUUCACCAUAUGACCAGGUUUGUAUUGAUCUUGGCAUGUCGUGAAGCCCUUUGAUGAUCGCCUUGCAUGCAUACUACAGAUAUGCUUUUCGUUUUUUGCUCAGACUGAUCAGAGUUAGUAACUUUUGGCGAUACCACUCUUGAUCUUGUUCUCAUAUACGUUUUUUUCUAAACUCAAAAAAUGCAGUUCUUAGAAACUUCAAGGUUGUGAAUGACUACAGCAAAUUUACCGGAACCCAAAAGAACAAGAAGAAGAACUAGUAGUUCUUAGCAUAGCCAUAGAUAUGCAACACAACGUAUACACCCACUAAUAACCUCGUUACACCAAAUAACACCCACAGACUCAUACAUACCAACUACGGCCACGUACUACGUACUUAUAUCAAGGACGACAACCCCUCUUAUACAAUUGCAAAUAAAAACUUCUAUACGUACUAAAACCCAUAUCAUCAAGUGUCCCUUAUACAGAAAAUCUAAAUCAACUUGAAUCCCCAACGUAGUUCAGCAUCCUCAGCCUCUUCUCGUCAAAAUCAACAAGAUGCCGCGUUCUUCUACACGGUGUUUGUUUUUGGUUCUGUCCUGCACCACACUCUCCGUUCUCUGGACAGCGCGUGGAUAUGCAGUUCAAGUGGAAACCCGAGUCGAAAAUGUGCAUCUGCCAGUCAGGACAACUCGCGUUGGAGGUCCUUUGCCAGAGGAGCAGCAACAUCAACAACAGCAAGGUGUUGAUACGUCAAACGCGACUGGUAGUGCAGCUGGAGGAGGAACUACCAAAACAACUACGAAUGUUAAGGCUUGAUGUUGCAAGUCGACGUAUCUAGAUCUCAGUCGCAGAGCCUAGAUAGCUCCUACUCCUACGACCUUUUCUUGCUUUUGUUCAAGUAGAAAGAUAGUAUGGAGUAAAAAGAGGGGGGACAGCAAAAAGAUAGUAUGCUAAUUGCGAGCAGAUCUACGAUCUUUUCAACGGAGAAGAGCAAAAAUUGAGAUGCAGAGAGAUAUUGAUAUGCGAGACUCACCUACAACAUAGGUCAACUACGUUUGAAACCUCCUCUAAAAAUGGAGCUGCCCCCUCUGCAAACUCCAACGCGUCAAAUAAGAAGAAGGACGAACCUAAGAAGGAGAACACCUUUUGGGCUGAGCUGCAUGAGGAACGCCUUGUCUUGUUCUUAGGUUUGCCGGUUGCUGUCGCGUUGGCCAUCCUGUUCGAACGUGCGCAUCAUUCCUGGCUACGCGUCGACUUCGGAAUUGCCCUGGACCGACCGCAUCUCUCCGUUGAUUAUGCUUGUCCUUGAUGUGGUUUGCUUGAUUCAUUUAGAUUGAUUACUCGUGCGCAUUUUAUGUGUAUGUAAGUACUACUAGAUGAAUAAGAAUACGAAUCGACGGUGGUCUAUCACGAGCAGUCAUAUCAGAGGCCUACGUACAGGAGAUGGAAUGCGAAUGAUACCAUAGCCCCCUCCCCUGAUUCUUCGUAUCACCUACAAGGACACGCAAAAUAAUGUUCAUUCGACGUCUCAGUCUCACCUUCUUACUCCUUCUAACCCUUCAACUCCCUCCGAGGUUUGACCACAGAUCUGUUUUCUACUGCAGUUUCGCUUGGCAGCAUCUAUUUCAAGCAUGCUGGCCGCAUCAAAGGACUUGCGUAUAUUGCUAUGCUCAUGUCCCAUAACUGGUUCGGGAAAUGGAUUGACGUUCAAUUCUUCAGCUUCACCGCACGAUUCUGGGACUUCUACCAAAAUCCGAAACUUAAGGCUUUUAGCUUAAUUGGAUGAAACCUCAAACAUACGUACUAACUUACUACGUACUGUUUCAUACAAGGGGAUGAACAGAAUCAGAAACACUACAAAAUGCAAGUACAUCUACAUGCACUCAGACAUGUAGUUGAGCUCUAAUCAACUUGAAGUUUUCGAGGCACUGAUUCUCAACUGGCUGGUUCUGCACACUGGGCGCGUAUUGACCUCGGUCUACUCGUUCUACAUUAUGAGGAUUGGUUUGAAAACUAGCAGAACAAUGUGUGAACUGUUGAAAAUGUGACUUUUUGAAGUUUCAAUUCUCUAAUUCUCGAAAAAAUAGUUUUUUAUCGCUUUCGAUUUGAAUUCAUUUCCUGGCGAUCUACUCUUCAUCUCUUUUGUAAUCGAAAGUGCAUUCAUCGUCCUAAUACCAUGGUGAAUGCCCUCUGUAGUAGAGGCUAGAGAACGUGCUUUUUCAUACAGUCUAAGUCCUUGUGUGAUAGUUGAUAACGAAAUGGCAGAUAUUCUAGAGAUUAGCAACAUUCUUACACCUUGAUUCUUGAUCUUUCUAGAGUCUCUUUCUGAUACAGUUUGCAAUACAUUGAAAUAGUAGCUCCUCAACCUUCUAGUUCUCCAUAUUCCUUCCCAUCACUUGCUCCGUCUCCACUACAAUACCCUCUUGCUCUCCCUCUCCACCUUCGCCCUUGCCACUAUCAUUCGCUCCGGCUUCUCCUACUAUCAUAUCGCCCUACUACUUCCUCCCCGCAAACCCACCUAUUACCCGCAGCUUCCCCAACUACAACACUGCCCGUCUUUCAUACCCUUCGAGAAGAUGCUGAAACUGCAUUGGCGAGAGCAUUUAACGCUGUACUUCGAAAAACUUUGGGUGCCUCGUAAUUACGAAUUUGCUCUGCGUGAAGAUCGGGACUUGGAUAACCCGGAUCAGCGCAUCCAAGAUGACAUCGGCGACUACGUCGAAAGCAGCUACGGGUUGACGAUCGGCGUUUUCGAUGCGCUAUCGAAUGUGGUGCUGUAUUCGUAUAUGUUAUGGCUUGGGAAAACAAGAAGAGAACCCUUAGGAUCAAACUCAGGUUACCAAAUACCGGAACCAUUCAUCGUGGCAGUGAGAUGAAUGUGAAUGGGAUCAUCAAAAAGAAUAUCAAAAUGUGAGUAACUACUUAAGUUGUUCAAAUAUUAGUACUUAGUUUCUUACUAGUCGAAGAUGAUGGACAUGUGAUGUGUACGUCCUCAGCGAACUGAGUAAGGAAGUGUAGAAGUAGUUCUUUGAUCAUUUAGUGAAGAAAGGAAGCAAGUGCAACCUGCAAGAGCAGCUGGAUCUGAGGACAGAUGAGAAAUUUUUGAACUAGGUAGUACUAGUUGAGAAGGUACCAACCACGCACAAUCUGUGUCCAAUAACGAAGGUAGCAGGUGUCGUUUUUUUGAACUAGAACGAAGGUAGCAAAACUACUACAGCAGAACAAGAAGAGAAGUGAUCCUGGUGGAGGAUGUUGCUGCACCUUAUUUGCGAAGUUCCACAGUAGCAAACUCCAUUUCCUCAUGAGCAAUAGGGUUAGUAGUUUAUGUUCAUUAUCGUUGUAUUCUUACCCACCUCCUUCCUCUUCUAAUGAUCCUCUUCACGGUCGCUCCUACGAGCUUUUUCGGACUGUUCUAUUUACCGGGAUGGCCGAUCUAUUUUGCUUUGUUGUACGCUGCUCUCGGGAGUCUCUGCAUCCAGUCGGUUGGACGAGAACUCACCGUAACGGAUUGGCAAAUUCAGCGGUACAUUAUGGAGAUACAGAUGAAACUCAUUGAUGCUGAUGCAUGUCCUGAAAGAAAUACAGCCUAUACGCUCACCCCGUCAUAAGUGAGCCUACUCCUAUCCUAUCCUAAAGAAAUAGCAGCAGUGUGAGCAAGAGUGUAGAUUAUACAACUAUAGUACAGAUAUUAUGGCAUUAGGAGGCAGUCAAAGUCAUAGUAUAUGCUUCAAUCGUAGACUUAGUGUAGUGAUAGACAUAGAGAGGUAACGUCUAUAGUACAGAUAUGGCAUUAGGAGGGAGUCAAAGUCAUAGAGUAGACUUAGUGUAGUGAUAGACAUAGAGAGGUAACGUCUAUAGUACAGAUAUGGCAUUAGGAGGCAGACAAAGUCAUAUUAUAUGCUUCAAUCGUAGACUUAGUGUAGUGAUAGACAUAGAUAGGUAACGUAGCUCAUGCUGGUGCUAAAACACCUCUAUGUUGCACAGUGCACUAGAGACUCAACAUACUCUAUGCCAGUGCUAGAGGGACUGUAAACAUGAUAGUCAUAGUGCAACGGUUGUAGAGGAUAGUAAAAGUCUAAGCGAGACAUCAUGGUCACAAUCUGAGUCAAAGGAUCAUUUCUCUAAACUUUUGAAACUAAAUGUGAAUUUGAAUUUUGGAAUAUUCCAACUUGAGAAAUGAGAAAUUUCAGUUUUAUCUACUUUUAUUCGAAUUCAUUUCCUGAGGGUCCAUUGUUUGAACUGUUCUGAUAGUGUCUGUAGCAGUCAUAUUGAAAUGCUUGAAACCCCCCUUGAAGGUGAUGUGCAUGUGCCUGGUCUCAAAUGUCCUCUUAACGAGCAUUGAUGUACUAGCAUUAGAGGGUCUACCACAGCUUUUAGUAGUUCUAGACACCAGCAAUGUACAAAGGUGUAUGAGUACCAUGCUGCUGAUUUUGGAGUAUUUCUAGAAGUCAGAGUCACAUACAGAACCUCACAACUUACUGUAGCUGCUCAACUGACUUGUUGUUCCUCCUCAUUUUUACUACAGAAUACUACUCACGAGCUAGUAUCUAUCGUCACAAAGCACACAACUCGUCACCCUCUCUCUCCCACACUCUAAUUUCGAUGGUAAUUUUCGAGCAGAGCUUCGUUGGAAUUUGUCGAUGGCUGAUCGUUUGGCCGCAAUGCAUGCUGGGAGAGCACAACUACGCCGUCUUUAUACUUAAGGCUCUCGCAUUCUCUAAGUCCUCCCUACGUAUCCUUCUAUCAAUCUAAGGAAUAUUUUAUCCCUGUGAGGCGUAUCAAGGUAGAGGCAUAGGCAUCCCUCAAGGUCAAUCAUGUCGAUCCUUUUGAGGGAUCCCGCCAUCAAGAUGGGAGAUAAUUUGUGUGACCCCUUCUAACACUCACGCUUUGAGGAGUUGAAAGUUCUCGCAUGGGGCAAGAUUCGACUGGAGAGGCAGCUGGACAUUUUCCUUCACAUGUUCGGAUCUAUCGAGGCGAUCAUGUUUACCUGCAUUUAAGGCCAUUCGUUUCAAGGCAAUUUCAUGUUCUUUCAUAUACGAACUUACUAUCUUCAAGACACGUAGAUUUAGAUCUAGAUUGCAAUUUUCCAGAAAUUAGAUUCAAUCUAGAGCUCCGUCUUAACUGCUAAGGCGCGUUCCAAUAUUUUGACUAAAGAAAGAGAAGGACGUGGGAGUUCACGCAUCCUCUAACCUAUGCUGCUUCCGUACUUCAUCAAGGGUGAAGUGACUCUGGGCAACAUCAAGCAGUGCGAGUUCGCCUUGCAUCGUGUGCGCGAAUGCUUCGAUUUUUUCGUUGGCCGCUACCAAGACUUAUCGCGCUAUAGAUUAAGGCUGAAGAAUGCAAUUCAUGAUCACUUCGUUCUUUCUACAAGCCAUUUGCAUCCCUCCCGGUCUUAUUUCCUGUUUUCAGCCUGGGAGAAAUAAUCCACUUCAGGUACUUAUAAGAAGUGAAUCGUUUUAUUGAGCUCUAAGCAGGGCCUGCUGCGAUCGAUUGAGCUACUUUCGACGCAAAUUGUUAGAGGAGCAUGAGGUGGUGGAGAUGAAAUCUCUGACGGAGCAAGCUUACACUCCGUCUACGGGGAUUGGAGGUAGUGGAGAACUAAGAAAAAGAAAGAACACCACGAAUUUGUGGUCUGAUCCGAGAGCACAGAUGAUUGACGAGACCGAGACGUCAUUCUGCUCUUCUUCCUCAAACAAUGCGAACAAUGGUAUGAAUAAAGGACGAACGACCUUGAACUUCAUCAAGGAUCCAUUGUUGACCAGUACGAGUGCCGCAACCGUAGUCUGCAUGGACGCAUAUAAAAACAUGGGUUUGGAAAACGAUGAUAACAACGGAGACAAGAUGAAGGUUAAGAAGACAACUUCAAAAACUCGACUUUGGAUAGUACAACUAGGUAGUCGUGUUACUGAUUUGAGUUUUCAUUAUGUAGAUCAUGUACUGAUAAAGAGUAGCAGGAAUAGACACGCAGGGGAAAAGGAUAUCAAUUUUCACGAAAUUGUGUCCUUACUUAUCUUCCUUCACAUCAAUUUCAUCGUCAAUAGUGAAUCCUGCUAUGGUUGUCGAACUCGAGCUCUUGUGUGCAAAGAACUACUUACAUCAAAUGGUCGCUUGUUGUUGUUUGUUUUUUUUUAAUGCAACAUGCUAGUACAACUACAGCUACAGCUGGUAGCAGAAGUCGUUGUCAGACGAUAAAUAUUGCGAAGAACCUUGCCAUGUGCAUGUUGUUUAUGUACAGGUGCUGUAGCUCCUCUAAGAGGACGCUGACCGAAGGUGAUCCGUAUUCGAUCGAUCCUGCUUUGUAUGAGGCGGCUAGACGACGUGAGUUAAUCUUGCGCAGAGUCAGGUGUCUUGAGCAAGGAGCGGCGGUCACAGUACUCCUGCCUAGCGGACAGACGAUAGCAGAGAAUGUACAACUGAACAAUUUUCUCGGUUAAGGCUAAUAAUAACCGAGUUACUGACUGAAAUAAGGGAGGUAGCUUAAGAUCAAGGCUACUCGUCUUCCUUGUUUAAGUAGUUACUCGCCUCUAUUUUCAGUAGUUACAGGGCUACUCUUCCUUUUUUUUUUGACAGGGCUACUCUUCCUUUAUUAAGUAGUUACUCGCUUAUUUCAGUUCUUCGAAUAAUAAUAAUGAAAAUGAGCUUGAGCUGGUGAAGAUUCCCCUCACAGUGUUUUUAGUGACUCCCCUAGCGGACAGACGAUUCUAGCGUUUCUUCUUAUCAUAUUCUGGACUCCCUCAACUGUAGUUGUCUUAGAUGUGAAGUCAAAUUGUCCUCGCUAAGUUGAAGAAGCGACGCGGGGACAACGGAUUCUCUUGUGCGGUCCCGAGGGCACCGGUAAGUCCACUCUGCUGAGAACGUUAGCAGGUGUUUGGCCAUUUGUGAGAGUGGAUGCCUGUGGUGGAGGAGCAUCUCCAACAAGAAAACAUCAAGGGAACCCUGUCGACGUUGAUUUUGGUACUUUGAGCACAAGACCAGGUGGAUAUGGUGGAUCCUUCGAGUUGGAAAAUAAGCCAAGUCUCAGUCUGAAGCCAAAGAAGGAACCCUUAAGGCUGGUGACCGUCAUCCUCUCCUCCACCUAAAAAGUUUUCAAGAGAACGCAAACGCGUCAAACAUAUUUUAAGGAUACUUAACGUUAAUUAACUUCCUAAGAAGAUGAAUUUUGUUACCGUUACGUCGAAGCUCUAAAACUCGCAAGAAUCUUGGAUUUCGUGUUUCGGUACUCUGCGACGGAGGGAUUAAAGCUGUUUCCGAAAAGCCUGGCAGAAGCAGAAAGCGAAGAUGAAGACGACAAGCAUGACUUAGAUUUACGGCUUUUGGUUUGGCUUUGAUCGUUGUAGAGAGGCAGGUGUAGAAAGGAUUCAUGAUUACUCAUGAGUUCGCGAAAGAAGUUGUAAGAGUGUUCUUGUGUCUUCUUGCGUGCGAUGCUGUACUCUGUAGUUUUUCAUUUUCUUUCCAGACAGCUUGUGAAAGUGAAUGUAUAGGUACUAUCAUCCAUCAUCUCUAUCAGACCAUCUCCGUUUGCUUUCAAGGGGUUUUCGAAUUUGUUUCAGCGUGAGUUCGAGUUUCAUUGAGAGUAAAGAUCAAAUUCAUGGAUGAACAUCUAGAUCUAGUUUGCAGAAGAAGAAGAAGAAGAAGAAGUGCGCCAUUUGCUCUAUGUCUAAUAAAAACCCCUACGAAAGGAUGUAGAUCUACGACAUCGAAUUCGAAAUUGAAUACAGCAUCCAGGAGACGCGAUUUGCAAAAUGAGCAUCAGCGUUUGCCCUACUUGAUACCUCAAAGAGGACCUGGCUUGCCGUAUCCUAUGACCUUCCGAGAAGCAAUUUGUUUUCCAGAUUCUAGCUCGGCCUAUUCUGACCGGGAAAUUUAUACGGCGUUGAAGAAAGUACGACUCAGUCUGGAAGGCAAGCGCAAAGCCAAAGAAGCGUCUUCUUCUACUAGUUCCUCGACGUAUGGGGGAAACAGCGGAGGGGGAGCAGGAGGCUCUUCCAAUGUUAAGAGCAACACUUCUCUCUCUUGCGAUCUAUAUUGGUCGUAGCUCUAGCUGUAGCUGUACAAUUAGAAUUAGCGUUGGAGUUUGUUGAGUUUUCUCUCAAUGCAACGAUGAAUAGCUUGUAUGAGUAUGUAGAGCAGAUGCUGCAGAAUAUUCAAUCAUCACGAUGCGUGUUGAUGUUUACCAUUACUUAUGAAUUUGAUGUUGCUUCGCUGUCCCUUUCUAAGUCAAGCACCAAUGCUUCUAGAGGCGUCGCAAUGAAUUCUGAAGCGGAAUUGCGGGACUACGUCGAUGAUGACGAAGAGUUUUUGGUCGGCGGAGCCAGCAACAGUGGCGCUGGAGGCUACAACUAUGACGAUUCUUUCAGUGGAGGAGCUGCAAGAUCACCGACAGAUUUCAUGGAUGAACAGGAAAAUUAUGGCGAAGACGAAUUUCAUAGAGGGGAUGAGAUUGAGAAGAAGUAGAAGUUGUAGCAUAUGUUGUUAUUGAAAAUGACAGUGAGGGCAUAGGUUGCUCUCAGCAGAUGUUGUUAUUUUUGAAAGAGACUACAGGUACAGCAACAGUGACAGACUCUGAGACCACAAGGUCGGUGGCAAUUACAUUGCAUGGCGUCAUGGUCAUCUGCAUUACUUCGUGCAGCAUAUCUUUCAGCUGUCUUUUUCUGUAGGAGUGGUUAUUUCUCUCAAAGUGAAAGUGAUUCGACGUUUAUUUUGUUGGAGGCAGUGUCACAGCACUGCAUCAAUACAUGAGUUGCAUCGUAUCUCUCUCUCUCUAAGAUUCAAGUAUUGGUCUGGAUACUGCUGUGGAUGUCGCGCAAGUUCUCUCCGGAGGGGAAUUACAACGUCUGAUGGUUGCGCACUGCUUGCUGGCCAAACUUAUGGAUUUCAGAAGUCUAGCAAUAGCAUCAAAAGCAAAAGCAAAAGCAUCUACUUACUAACUUGAGUAAGUCGAGAUUUUCAGAGUCUUAGAAGUAGAAGAAGUGUUUUCCUACAGAAGAGAGGCAGGGCCACGAAGAAGACUAGAGCCUUCCACGACCUUACUGUUUUAGAGCAUGUUGUACCAAGAUUGGAUUGGCUCGGUACUGGGUGUAGGUAUAGGAAGUAUGAACUAAGUAGAAUCAGAUAGAAGUAACCCGCCAGAAGUUGUCCUUAAUACUGCUCUGAAUAGCUGAAUUGAGUAAGGAUCAUAAUCACGUUGUUGAACUUGAAAACCGCAAGGUCAUCGAUGGAUGAGCGCUAGCGUGAAAUGAGUAGCGUGAUCUUGGUGGGCCAUCGCUAACAAACCCCGAGUACUGCUACUAGACGAGGCCCUGGUCCAUCUGUCCGACGAAAACCAACGAUGGAUAUACGAGCUGUUAAACCAGGAGCUUGUUCAGCACCCCACGGCCCGAACAACGCUGAUUAUGAUGGGAACUUUUUUGAAGAUAAUCAUACCGCCGGGACUAUACCUAACCGAAGCUGUAGACAAGCUACAUAACCUAGCCUAGCCUCUCCAUACCGAUUGGCUAGUAGAGCUAUAUGGUAGAACAUUAUGAGGAUAAGGGGUGAUGUGAAGACACUUUUAUAAUUCAUACUAUCCAUAACCUCACGAAUGGAGAAUAGUACAAAAGGCAACAGUAAGACGAUGAAGCGCAUACUGUUGAUGUUGGUUCGUAGUAUGUUUCUGCUGUACAGAUGAUGAAGCUCAGUUUCCAACCACUUCCAUGAUUGGGAGAAAAGCUCGCCCUCAGGAAAUGAAUUUGAACUAAAGUCGAUAAAUUGAAUUUUUUUCGAGGAUUGUUCAGGAAAAAUGGAAUUUCAUUCGAAAUUUCAAACUUGGAACUUUCGAGAUUUCUGUUCCAGACAUUGAGCAUUGGUUCAAAAUCAAAUCUCUAAUCUAUUCACUGUCAGUCACGAAUGGAGGAAGCUGAUAUCGUGUCACGAUGCCUUCUUCACGAUCAAGGAGAAAAAAAUCGUGACCUUCGACGCAGUUGCUGAGGCAAAGGAGAUUUAAGGCUUGAGGGUGUGGCACUAGCAGUUGCUGGCAUCUAAAUAGCAAGAAGUAGCCGAACAGUGUCUGCAUCUCCCUAGAAGUUACAUUUGUGAUCUGAAAAACUGCUUCUCUUUCCUAGAAGUAACAUCUCCGAAUUUUCAUGUAAAUGCUUGUGCUGCGUAACAUCGACUACAUGCUCAACUUUUAUUCUCUACCUGACCGAUAAUUCAGUGCAAAGUAAAUAGCUUUCGUCAAUACUCAGAGAACUGAUAUUGCUGAACACUGUUCAACUUCAGCGUGGUUGUAUUUCGAUUUCCUUGAACCAAAUAAGUGUACCCUGCUAGUUGUUGGCCGUGCACCGACUACUUAAUUACAACUAGGUAGAGGCGCAGGGAUAUAGUAGUGUCUGUAGUGGGUGACUCGCGUAGAACCUCUAAGACGGAGCUGGAUCAGCAGGAGUUGUGGGCAUGGGCAGUCAUGCGACGGUCAAUAGCGGAGCAAUCAGUACGCUCGGAAUGGGAAGCAUGAAUAAUCUCAUUAAUAGAGCAGGUUCAUUUCUCUAGAGGUACAACAGAGAUGGGAUAACAGAGAUACUAGGAGCACCAGAUGGCUCAUUGUCACUCCUCUAGUGAAGGCACACAUUAGUGGUAUACUUGGCGGGGCAGCGAGGUUCACAUCUGUAGCAGGGAGUAGCAGAUCAGGUGCAGACUCGUCUCUUUCGAGGUUUGAAACGAUUAGCCGCAAGCUCUGGCUCGUUCAUUCUUGUGCAGGCAUUAGGACCGAGAUUACUCGAAAAGAAGCAUCCUCUCGAAAAGACAGGACCUAGAGAUGGGCCUUCACUACACAAGUAUCUUGUUGGCAUGUUGUCAUUACGUACCUGUACAUCAAGUAAAGUAUAAGUAAAAGUAGAUGUAGAAGCACACACCAGUAUGUUGUGGGUAUGUUGUCAUUACGGUUGUGGGCAUGUUAUCAUUACGUACAUCAGCCACCAAGUAAGUCAAAGUAGAAGUAUUAUCACGUCGAGAGCUAGAGUUGUCAUUAUCAAUGUCAUAUGUAGAGAGAAAGAAGCAUUGUUUGUACUCCACAUUAAGCAGUCGCAGUCCGACAGCGACCACGUCGUAGUCUCAGUUUUAGUAUGUGAGAACAGCGUAGUACUUGAAGUAACAAGUAGUAAUUGUAGACGAGGUACUACUGGCCGGUAGGUCUUCAUCGUCUUCAACAAAUAGAGCACAAUCUAAUCUAUCGUGUUCAUGUCUCUGCCAGAGGUCUACCACACGAGCAACGGCAGAAAUUGACUCAUCUAGAUACACGAAUAUGCACAGACGCCGGACCAGUUAAUGUCAUAAACUUCCAACAUCUACCAUGGUUGCAAAAUUAUAGCAUGUCGUCAUACUAUUACUAGCCACAGGAUCACCUUAGUAGUGCUAGCAAAUGCACUGGCUGCUCCGAUUUACUAUUACAUCCACACCCACUACAGAGACGCUUUCUAGUAUCAAAUGAUACGUGAAUAACAUCAAAGAUGAUUCGGCCUUAUAUGUUAUGUCGACUCAAAUGCAUCGCACUCCUACGACUACGUAUGAUGAUGUCGAAACCAAAUCCAAAUCUAAAUCCAAGUUCAACCAAAUACAAAGAAAACCUCUGCCCUCUACCCCGACUCUGAAACAUCUUUCUCUGCCCAGAAUAUUUCUGAAUGUGGUUGAGCACAUGGAAAAGAAAGCUGGAAAGUUUAA